AUGGGUAGCUACAGGGCACCUAGCAUGCAAGGAGGUAGCGGUUGUGGACUAGGUGGUCUAGGUGGUGGACUAGGUGGCAUGGGUGGUGGUUAUGGUGGCAGCUACUCAUCUAACUUUGGUUAUGGCCAUGGAAGUGGAAUUGGAGGUGGAGAUGGUCUCCUGGCUGGAGGAGAGAAGGAAACCAUGCAGAACCUGAAUGACCGUCUGGCCUCCUACCUGGACAAGGUGCGCUCCUUGGAGAAGGCUAACUCUGAGCUGGAGAUCAAAAUCAGAGAGUGGUAUGAGAAGCAAACCCCAAGCCCAUCUAAUGACUAUAGCCAAUACUACAAAAUUAUUGAAGAUCUUCGUAACAAGAUCCAGCACGUCACUGUGGAGAAUGCCAGUGUGGUCCUACAAAUUGACAAUGCCAAACUGGCCGCUGAUGACUUCAGAACAAAAUAUGAAACUGAACAUGCCCUUAGACUAAAUGUUGAGGCUGAUAUCAACGGCCUUCGCAAAGUUCUGGAUGAACUAACUCUAACCAGGUCUGACCUGGAACUCCAGAUUGAGAGCUUAAAGGAAGAGUUGGCCUACUUGAAGAAGAACCACGAAGAGGAAAUGAAUGUCCUUCGUGGACAAGUUCGUGGUACUGUCAAUGUGGAAAUGGAUGCUGCCCCGGGUAAUGACCUGACCAAGAUCUUGGCUGAAAUGAGAGACCAAUAUGAAAGCCUGUCUGAAAAGAACCGCAAGGAAGUUGAAGAAUGGUACUUCAAGAAGACAGAAGAACUGAGCAGAGAAGUUGCAAGCCACAGUGAACAGAUCCAGUUCAGCAAAACAGAAAUCACCGACCUCAAACGUACACUUCAAAGCUUGGAGAUCGAACUGCAGACCCAGCUAAGCAUGAAAUCAGCAUUGGAAGGUACCUUGGCAGACACAGAAGGCCGAUACUGUGCACAGCUCGCCCAGAUACAGGAUCUUAUCAGCAGUGUAGAAGCCCAGCUUUCCGAGAUGCGAUCAGAUAUGGAACGACAGAGCUAUGAAUACAAAAUCCUCAUGGACGUCAAGACCCGUCUAGAACAGGAAAUUGCCACCUACAGACGCCUACUUGAGGGAGAAGAUACCAAGCUCAUAAUGUCUUCAUAUGGCAUCAAGGGCCUAGGUGGGUUUGGUGGUGGCUCAAACAGGUCAGGUAUGGUUAGCUUUGGAAUACCUAGCAUUCAUGAAGGUGGCAGUGGCAAAAACCUUCCCUUUUCCACCUCAAGGGUGGUAACUUCUGAAGUCAGUGGUCUUGGUAGCAGCUUAGGUGGUGGACUAGGUGACCUAGGUGGUGGUUUUGGUGGCAGCUACUCAUCUAGUUUUGGUUAUGGUUAUGGGGGUGGAUUUGGAGGUGGAGAUGGCUUGUUGGGUGGAAGAGAAAAGGAGACCAUGCAAAACCUAAAUGACCGUCUGGCCUCCUACCUGGACAAGGUACACUCUCUGGAGAAAGCCAAUGCUGAGCUAGAGAUCAACAUCAGGGAAUGGUAUGAGAAGCAAGCCCCCAGCCCAUCAUAUGACUACAGCCAGUACUACAAGGUCAUUGAGGAUCUUCGUAACAAGGUAAGAAGAGGUCCAUAUAUACAUGUAUAUAUAUGUACUAUUGAGGAGGUUACAGCAAAUUAUUAUACAGGAUUUAUAUAG